AUGGACGACGCUGUAGCCAUCGCGUCGACCUCAGGCGUCGACGACGCCUCCUUCGCCUUCCAGUACAUUUGGCCCCUCAAAGUCUGUCAAAGGUGUCAAUUUUUUUUUGUUUUUGUGCGUUCUGUGGCGUGUGGAACCCGUCGUGAGGAACAUUCAUACAAUCCCAUUCUUUCAUUAAAAACAAUAAUUUGGGAAUGAGAAUCAAUAUUCCGUGAGAAAAGCAGUGAAGCUUCAUGGAAAAGAAGAUUGCUCAAAGAUAAUUUAUUGCUCGAUUAUGGCGGCUCCGUGAAAUAGGUGUUUCCGAACGCAAUAGACGUUCCUUUCGUUUUAAGUCCUUCCAUUUGAAGCUUUCGAAACAAAUAAGACUUUAUUACAGUCACAACUUUCUCUUUCUACGCUACAGAAAAGUUUCAAAAAGCCAUCAGCGCAACAAAUGCGUGCGAUAAUGGCCGGGCAGACGGAGAGCAUUGUGUUUGUGCUCUUUGACCAUUUAGUCUCCGUAUCGGCCGAUUGCCGCUGAUAAUUUGGUGGUCAAGCAUCGUUGUGGCAUCGAGUUUUCGGUGCAAAAUUUUGAGCAACUUCCGGAAUUUCAUCAAUUCAUUUUUUUGCGCGGGAACUUUUGGCAAUGGUAUUGAGACAAUGAGUACUUCGAACCCACUUUGCUCUUCAGAAACUGUCUGAAUAUUUUCAAUUUCACUGUUAAGUGAUCCUAAAAUAAUUCUAUUUUUUCGUUUCAAUCUGCAUUGAAAAACGCAGAGAUAAGAAACAAUUCCAGGCAAAUCGAAGACGAGUCCAUAAUUCUGACGCUGUCUCGGCCGUUUUGUACAUCCUACAAACACGUGCAGUUUACGUGGGCCCUUCGCCUCACAGACGAGUAUGUCAUCUCCAACAACGGUUUGUUUUGCCUGAUCUCAAGUUUUGUUGAAAGAAUGGCAAGAACGAGACGGACACCGCGGAAAUUUGGGAGCAAGUGUAACAAUUUCUUAGAGGAUCACUUGGGUUGAUGGACGAGUGUAAACGUUUCAAGUUCAAAAAGACAAAAAGAAUAAGAAGGAGACUGUGAAAACCAAAGUUUCAGUUCCGGACACUGGCUGUGCUAGACACGUCCUCCUGCAUUUGUACUACAAAGAAGGCCCUUGCAUCGACGUUCCCAUCGAGGAAAUUCGGUUAGUUUAACACCUUCAUAAAAGUUCAACUGUUUGUUUCUGAAACAUUUUUUUCAAAUUGAUUUUUAUUAAAAAAAAAUUCUACUUCACGUAUAUUUAAAAAAAAAUUUUUGUUAAACUAUGACGAUACCGCACAAUUAUAUACUUGAGAAAUAGUUUUUAAGGCGAAAAAGUUGUCAACAAAAAGUUUUUCAAGGCUCGCCAUGAUUUUUACUGUUAAUUUGUGUUCUCGCAGUCUGGUUUUUUUAUACAAUAUAAAUGGGAAUAAUUUCAAAUUUUCAAAUUUGUCAUUUGUAAGCUUGUAGUGCCGAGUUCAAAGACCCAGUCACCAAGGAAUCAUUGUUCACCGGAUUUGGUCUUGGACGUAACGAAUUCACCAGGGUUUGCAGUCUUUCUCAAUGGGAUAGGCCAACUUUUUCGAUAUUCAGGGAAGCGGAUGGCCUGUACAAGUGGAGAAGUCGCGCCGUGACGAAUUCACCAGUUUCAUCCAUGAAAGGAUCGACACCAACCUCAUCGCUGUCGUCGAAAUUACGUGAGUAAAAAUGGCCUUUUCUACUUUUACUAACUUGAAUUUAGAGUAUUCUAAACCGCAUUGAAAUUUAAAAAAUACGAUCAUUCUUAUGUAAAACCAUUUAAAAUUUUUUUUUUCGCGACCUACACCCCGCUUCGAACUAGAAAAAUAGAACUUUUCUUUCGGGUAACCAGUUCCAACUCACUAGUUGCAGGAGACUUGAAACCAAAUCUUUCGACCUGUUCCAAAUUGCAAACAAGUUGUUUGUAGGUUAUUUGCAGAUUUUUGAAAAAUAGUAAGACGCUGCAUUUAUGAGAUAUCUCUCGAAAAGCCUAUUUCAAAGCAUAUAAUAAUCGUUCGUCGCUACUUGCUCAUCUAAACUAUUCCAUGUGAAGUAUUUUUUUGUAUGAUUUUGGUUCUGUUUUGCAGCAUGAAAGAGUCCUUGUUCGAGCCGUUAAACUACCUACCAGACGUGGAAAACGCGUUCCGGAGCCGUCGGAUCGAGACGGCAUGCCAGAAUUUCAUCGAGAAAGUCAUCUCUUCAGAGGUCGAGAUUCCCAACAUGGACUUGCUCAAAGAGCAGGUGAGCCACUUCUUCUGGACUCUUUAUUACUCCGGGUUUUCAGGGCGACAAGUUUUCCAUCCACCGAAUGAUCUUCUUAUAUGGAGUUGACCUCGUUGCACGCGAAUACAUGGCCAGCGAGGAGAACCAAAACCAAAUCUGCGAGAAACUCGUCAAGAACGUUCGUCUUUUUCUUUUCUUUCGCCUUCCAUUGCAAGAAUUGGCAGUAAAAACCAAAGAUUUUGUUGACGAUCAGCAUUAUUCACGCGCUCGAGAUAUAUAUGAACGUCUUGGAGAAUCUCUGUAAACAUGUUUUUUUCGGAACCGUGCUGCCCAUUUCGACGUCUUUUCUUUAUUGUUUUUGGGUGGGCAGCUUUUUUAAACGAUGGUCGUUUGAUUUUCAAAGUGUCGUAGGAGGAAGGUGAAAUUGGAAAUAGUUAACCAUAUUUUGUCGGCUUCUCGCCUUUUCUCAGUGAUUUGUGUUAGACUUGUCAGAGAAUGUGGCAAAGGACCCCAUUUUAUUAAAAAUAAUGUUUUCCCCGAAAAAUGUAUUGACGAAAAUAACAAAAUAAAUAAGAAUGAAUGAUCAUAAAAACAAAAAUUGAUAUAUCUUCUUUGCAAACUGUUCGGACUCAAUGUUUCAGACUGGGUCCAAACUGCCAUAGAAGAUGGGUGUAGGUAAAGAUAGCAAUAAACUCAAAAACAAGCCCCCAAGUCACGCGAAGCCCGGGAGAUUCCCGAAUAAGAGCCCUAAGAAGGCCUAAAAAUGGCUUCAUAAUAGAUUUUUUCGUUGAUCGUUUGUUUCGCGAAUAACUGUUUAAGAUGGGGUCAGUAAAGCACGAUGAAGAUUUUUCAUCAAGACUGCAGCAAAAAGCAGUUUUCAGGAAUUCUUUGCGCAAACCGACAGGAUUCCACUCGAUUUCCUAUGACGAUCACCAGCUAACUUUUUUUUUCGCUUUUAAUUGGGAAAUUAUCGAAAAAAAAAACUGACUUCUUUUAGGCUAGACCAAUGUUAGAAUAUGUGAAUUCAACGAAAAUAUUUCAGACGUUCGCCCACAUCUACUUCGAAAAAGUUCUACUGAAGGAAGUGAAAUACGUAGAAGAUUUCGUCUCUUUGCUCGAAGGCAUUACUUGUGCCCACAUCCCAGCCCUUCUCAAGGAGCUCGAGCGCUUCAUCUGUCAGGAAGUCAUGCAGGUUUCCGAAGAUUUUCUCUACUUUCGCCCCAAAAAAGCUUUUGUGUGCUUAUCUCAAAAACUAACAACUUUGUCAAGAGUAUUUGAUCUAUGUCGGUUCAUACCAUUGAACCGAAUAUUUUUCCCUUCUAGAACUAGGAAAUAAGAAAUUUCAUGGAACUUUAAAUUACUUUUCAUGUAUGAUACUGCAGUAGUUCAGAGUAGAAAAAAAUUACAAGAAAAUUUCCCUGAUUUUCCGAUUUCAAUCAUUCAAUUGAUUAAGGAGCCAAUGGACACGAAUUUCGCCAAAAAAAUGCUUCUUAUUGCCGAAAAGUACAAUUUGGAAGUACUAAAGAUGGUUGUUAAUGGACUACUCGUUGACCAGGUUAGUAUAAUUUCUUCCGCGCGAAUUUGUCACGUUUGAAAAUAAUUAUUAAAAAACACAGUAUGGAGUUUUUUUUUAAAACUUCUCUUUGAUUCAAUAGCUGUAGCACAAUUUAGCGCCCUAGCCUUCUGUGCUCUAUUUAAAGAUAUGUUUUGGCCAUAAAAGUGUCAAACUGGCGCGGAAUGGGUUAUAUAUAAUUCUUGAUACAAUUUAUUAAAUUAUAGAUAAUCGCGAACUCGAAUCCUCCAAAAGAACUCGUCAAUAUCGCCCACGAGUUGGAAAAGUUCGCCAAUGAAAUGUGCGUUAGAGCAGAUUGGAACAGCCCAGAAAAAAAAAACCUGGUUUAGGGUGUGCAGCAAGGAAAAUGACGGUUUGGUUGGGGUAGUAGUGGAAGACCUGCAGGAACUGACGCGUCGAGUCCGCCGAGUCUCACUGUCGCACUCGCCGUCGCAGUCCUCCCACAACAGGUUGGCAUUCUCCUCGGUGACCGUUCAAGUCGGAAGAUUAGCUUGAGUUCCAACUCUCCGCUGGCGACUCCGACCAAAGCUCAGUCAUCGUCCACCGAUGACCACGAGCCUUUCGAAGCAGCACCUGUAGAGGGUUCCAGCCGCUUCAAACGCGUCUCUCUUACCUGA